AUGUCACAAUCAAAGAAUCGUAAGAAUUUAUCGACGGCAAAAGAACAACAAAAACAAAAAAUUACAAGUUCAGAAACUGAAACUUCUGAUUGUGAAUUAGGAUCAAAAAAUGUUCAAGAAAAAAAGAAAAAAAAUUUAGAUAUUUUGAAAAGGGGUAGAAAAUUCGUUGAUAAGGAUACUAUGAUGAAUUUAAUUGAUCAAUUAAAUGAUGAUGAAGAUGAGCGCAUUGAAAAAAAAUUACAGCGUCAAAAUAACCUUGAGCAAAUAAUAGAAGAUCGUCAAAUUAAAAAACAACGAAAUCAAUCAAUUCGUAAAGAAAAACUUGAAAAAGUUAAACAAUCAAUCAAGAAAAAGAAACAAUUAAAAAGAAAGAAAAAUAAGAUAGGUUCAAAAUCUAGUUGA